AUGUCGAACAUUCGUGAUUCUGCGUUUCCAGCUUCAAACCGCUACCGCAGAAGCCCACCAGACGUAAACGCUCACAGCGGAACAUAUAGCUCAGCUCAGAGCAGUCGCACCGUACUUCCUCCACUUUCUUCUGCUUUCGCAGCUCCCUAUUCAGACUUACAGCACGAUUCGCUCCCAUCCAGAAUGUCACCAAGCAGGAACGAAGUUUUCUCACCUUCAUUUCCCCCUGCUUACUGGAAUAAUAACGGACACGCAACGAUGGCCGGCCAUCCUCCCUAUAAUUAUUCCAGUUUUGAACAUUUCGACACUCGACACCAGGCGCAGGCUUCUUCAUACCCACUACGACAAUCACCAGCAAUACCUGCUCAUCAGGAUACAUUGCGACGAGCUCCGCCCCUCACUAUUCCCCCGGUCCCGCGAGAUAAUCCUUGGGAGAGCGAUUACAUUAAUUCUUCAUUCCCGGCAAAUUUUGGACUGAAUAAUGUCGGACCAGAGACUACGGGUCUCCAUUCAUCCAAUUAUCCGUCUAAUUACGACCCUCCGUACCAUAAUAAUGCGCACUCAGCUGCAUAUCCUCCGUUCCAUCCUAACAUCGAUACCCGCCAUCAUCCGCAUGCCCCCCACCCGAUGCCUUUCGCUCCGGAGAUUCAUCAAUCGUCUCACCGAAACUCGCAUCAAACAGAAUGGGGACCACCACAGAGAGCGGAAUCACAUCUAGUCUCGCCGUAUGCACGCACUCAUCGUGAGUCUAUGCAACCAUCCCCGCAGGAACCCUCCCCCGUGGACUACCCCUCCGUCAAGAAGAAGAGGAAGCGGGCCGACGCGGCACAACUUAAAGUGUUGAAUGAAGUUUAUGCCCGUACAGCAUUCCCGACUACAGAGGAGAGACUUGAGCUUGCGAAUAGAUUGGACAUGUCGGCACGAAGCGUGCAAAUUUGGUUCCAAAAUAAGCGACAAGCUACUCGUCAAAGUCGAACAACGACGAACGCACUGCCUCCAAUCUUGCACCACCCAUAUGCUGGGGGACCUUCCUCCGGGCCUUCCCCUCUGCCCAGUUCCGGACGCCCCGGUGCUGAAGUCGCAGUCAGCCCCUCAAGUCAUGGAGGGUCAUACACAGCCCAUUCAUCUACGCCUGGCUCCCACCGAUCUCAACGGGAGAUCUCACCUCCAGUGCCGCCUUCCGACCCAGCUGCGCUCCGACGCGUCCGAAGCCCUGAGGGAAACGGGAGACCGAGGCGCCAAACUGGGCAUCAAUACUAA